CUGUACACAUUUGACACGAAAAUGCAUUUUCAUUUAAGAUGGUAGAUAAUUUGCAAAACGCUAAAGCCGCCGAAGCCGUGUUAUUAAGGGCAAACGGCUCGCUUCGUAUCAAUCCGCAGCGGGGUCUUUUUUUUGUACCUGGCUAGCUAGCUCUAGGUUAGCAUGUUUUUUGGCAGUGAUUCCCCUCUUGCUAAAUAUGGCGGUGUGAAUUUGUCUGCACCGUACCAGCAUGAGAAACACUUUAAAGUUACACAGUUAGCUGCCCCCGCUAACGUUAGCUGAAGCUCGGCCGGACGGUUAACCUCCGGUCGGGUCUGCCGAGCUAACGCCAGUGUAGCGUUACGUUGCAGGCGAUAUUGUGUUAAAACAAAACGGCCGAGCUGCUUUGUCUACGAACAUCUCUAUUAUCUCAGUUAAGUUAGAGGAUAGUUGCUAAACGUUAAAGGUCAAAGGCUUUCUUAAACUUUAUCUCCUCUUGCCGCCAUACACUUGUGUCCGAGCAGCUAGCACGGGGCUAAAAGCUAAGUUCAUCGUGGUUGGCCGCCUGUCCCCGCUUUCUAUAAUGCCCCAGUGUUUGCAGCAUCUGCAGUGAACGUGAUGGCAGCCCACUCGGUUUCCAUAGACAAGUACCCAAAGGGAGAGCAGCAGAUGCAAGGUGUGGUAAAAGUAGACAGUGAAUCGGAGCAGAAGUUUAUGGAGGGGACGUUAGCAGAGGCACCCAGCCCGACACCCACAGAGCCACAGACGCCCAUGGACGCGGACAAAGCCUCCAUAUAUCGACAUCCUCUGUUCCCUCUGUUGGCUCUGCUGUUUGAGAAGUGUGAACAGUCCACGCUGAGCUCUGACUGCAUCACCUCGGCCAGCUUUGACGUGGACAUCGAGAACUUUGUCCGCAGUCAGGAGAAGGAGGGAAAACCCUUCUUCAGCGAAGACCCUGAACUCGACAACUUGAUGGUGAAAGCCAUCCAGGUGCUGCGGAUCCACCUGCUGGAGCUGGAGAAGGUGAGCGACCUGUGUAAAGACUUCUGCAGCCGCUACAUCGCCUGCCUCAAGACCAAGAUGAACAGCGAGACCCUGCUGAGCGGAGACCCGGGUAGCCCCUACUCCCCCGUACAAGGCCAGGCCCCGAGCUUCUCCCCCGCCAAGAGUCAGACCCCCAGCUCUAUCUCGGGGACCAUCAGUCCUCAGGGUCAAAUCGUGGUGCCCGCGUCAGCCCUGCAGCAAGGGAACGUUACCGUGACAGCCGUCAACCCCACCCAGGUGGUCGCAGGUAUGUCACCAUGGCAUACAACCCCUCCCUCAGGUGGAACGGUGUAUCAGCCCGUUACAGUCGUCACUCCGCAGGGCCAGGUGGUAACACAGGCUCUUUCUCCUGGGACAAUACGCGUCCAAAACAAUCAGCUCCAGCUGCAGUUUCACCAGGACUUGAACCUCUUCAAUCACGACGACAACUCAACUAAGAACAAACGUGGCGUCCUGCCCAAACACGCCACCAACGUCAUGCGCUCGUGGCUCUUCCAGCACAUCGGGCAUCCAUAUCCAACAGAGGAUGAAAAGAAACAGAUCGCCACUCAGACAAACUUGACUCUCCUGCAGGUCAAUAACUGGUUUAUAAAUGCACGGAGGCGGAUCCUGCAGCCCAUGUUGGACGCCAGCUCCUCUGAGACACCCAAAACCAAAAAGAAGACUCCUCAGAACCGGCCUCUGCAGCGCUUCUGGCCCGACUCCAUCGCAUCAGGAGGAGGCACCCACCAGCAAGUCACCAUGCCAGACGGUACGAUGGUGACGAUGAACAUGGAGGGUCUGCAGAGUCUGACGUCAGACGGCGCCACGCUGGCGGUACAGCAGGUGAUGCUGGGAGGCCACAGCGAAGACGAGUCGGGGGACAGCGUAGACGAAGACGACGACGCGGACAUGGCCGGGCUGGGCCUGGACAACAGCGACUCAUUGCAGUAGAGGAAACACUCCCUCACAUGGCGAUCUACACGCACACACACAACAACAACAACAACAACAACACAAACAAGCGUAAAAAUAUCGAAUCAUAAUGUACACACACACACACACACACACACACACACACAUUAGGUUUACAUAGAGCACAAAACGACAGGACAUAACGGGAACGGUCCUGCACUCUUCCAACCCUCCCACCCUGCUGAAAACGGCGAUUUAUGCUGCGUGUGUGUGUACAUCAGGAGUUUCAUUUCAGAAACCGUUUUUUUUAAUUAUUUAGUUGAUGUAGGCGAGUG